UGAAAGUCAAGUUCAAAUACAUUCACAGUUUCUUAUUAUAAUUACAUGUACUGUACAUUGUAGAUGAGCUACUGAGGUGAUGUAAGGUGGGUGGGUUAUGUGUGAAAAAGUUAGUUGACAAGUAGAUACAAGAAUGGCUUCAUCAGAUUCAGGCAAGUUUACCAUUGUAUUAACAACAGGAUGAGUAUCAUUUGUAUAAUAGAUGCAUAUCAAUGUGGUCCAGGACUAUGUGUUAUUAUUAAUAACAUGAAAUUUGAUGCUCCAGGAUUAAAUGAUUUUACAAGUGGUGAGAAGGAUGAGGCUUUGGUUUUUUCCAAAAAUGGCUCCAAAAUCAUACCAAAUUUUUAUUACAUUCUUUGAUACAUAUUGAUGUCCUUACACACCUCUACUGUACAUAUUAUGCAUACUCAUAAAAUUACAUGUAAUUCUGUUUUGUCCUCCUUAGGCCUGAGACUGUUAGGUUGGACUAUCAAUAAUGAAACUGUCUUUGAUACAAUAAUGAUGACAUUAGCAUUAACAGAGGAGGUGUGACGAAAAGAAGAUAAACAUACGUCACUAUGGAGAUGGGACUGUUAGUUAUUAAUGUAGUUAUUAAGUAUAGUUAUAUUAUUCUACCAUGCCUAGUUGCAAUUGACCAAUCAGAUUGCUUGCUUUUAGGUUCAUAAAUAACUUAUUUACCACUAGGAGGUUUGAUAAGUAAUUUCCCUGGUAAUAGGAGGUUAAUAAGUUUGCCCGGGGGGUUGAUAAGUUUGUCCGGGAGGUUAAUAAGUUUGCCCGGGAGGUUAAUAAGUUUGCCCGGGAAAUUACUUAUUAACCUCCUGCUAAAAAUAGGCAUGCAUGCAAUGCUGUUGGUAAGUGUUGCUAAGUAAACUAGUUGUUUAUUUUAGUACAUGGUAGAAGUUGGUUAUACAACUCUGUGUCGGUAUCUAUGGCCUUAUCAUACCUCGGGCCUACGGCCCUCGGUAUGAUAAAUGCCAUAGAUACCUCACCUCGUUGUAUAACCUAUACGUAUAGUUAUUAAGUUUAGUUGUUUAGUGUAGUUAUAACAUUCAUACACAGGUAAUGUGGCAGCAUUUGCAGAAGUUUUGAAAAAUGAUUGACAAGUUUAUAAAAAUCAUAAGGAAUAGUCAUCAAGUCAGGCUCAAUAUAUUUACUGUUCUAGGCACUUGUGAAAAGUAGCACGUUUGUUGAAAAAAUAUAUCAUAUAAAAAUUUGCAUUGGAUGCAAAUAGCCAAGUUAUUACAGUUUUAUUUUUAUUGCUGGCUUAAUAAGGACAUGCACAUGACAUGGAGUAAUGCAAACUAAACCAGUCACACCACAAAAAGCAGCUUCAACAAAAAGAUAGACAAGGAGAAUCAUGGCUUCAAGGGCAGCAUCAGAUAAAUAUUUUUACAGUAUAGAGUUUAAUUAAUCUAUUGAUCAUUUCAGUAUCACUGGUAGUGGCCAUGAGAGGGAGACACCUUAUCUAACUCAUCCUGUCUUUAAUAGUAUUAUCAUUCAAAGGCUAAGUUGUUAUGUUACAUGAAGUCACUCUAUGAUACUACUGGGUUCCGGAUCCUGUACUAUGAAACUCAACCCUAUCAGUGCUCUACUCCCAGUGUCCCUGCCUCAGUUCAACACCAUCCAUCCAUAUGUACCCAGUAACCAGACCACUGGGUAUCAUGGAUAUCAUGAGCCUCAUGGCAGCUCAAGGGCGUCGUAUCUGGGGGUCUGUAGGAUUUACCAGAGAGCAGACAUACACGUUCAGAUUCUAGCUUUUAUAUUGUGUGCUAAUCUUUUCUUCCUUUAUGCUAUUAAUGUGUUACUUGUAAAGAGUUUUUUGAUAAUAAUUAUUAUGAAUUUUAGCUGUUGUACCCAUACUAUAUGGUAAGUAUGCAUGUGCUGUGUAUGAAUUCAACUGUGAGGUUGGUAGUCACCCCACUAGUUAAGUUACUAUAGUUAUUAAUCAGCUGAUGUCAUGUGUAUAUAAAGGAAUCAGUAUACAGUCUGCUACUACAUAUCUGGAAGGUAGGAACGACUAUUAUUUCUAAGUUAAAAUGCCUUUCGUAUCAGUCACUCAGAUAGAGGAAUUCUUUACAGAUUUACAUUCAAAGCUGCCAGGCAUUGCAAAUGCUUUCGGUAAUUCUGCUUCCGAAGUCAAAGCAUUGGUGCAAGAGGCAAAAGAUGAGCUGGAUGAAAUACGUAAAUGCAAUGAAGUGAGGCGGGUACAUGAAGUAAAGGUUUCAUAUCAACAUUUGAACAGCACCAUGGAAGCAGUUCACACAUACCUUGAUAAAGUUGAUGAUCUUUUUUGGAAAAUUGACAAUAAGACUGCUACUGUAAUACAAGACGUAGAGGAAGAGGAUUUCAAAAGUGUUGCACAGUUGAUUGUUGAAAUCAACGAAACAAUUCAAGACUGCAAGGAACAGUGUGCAGUACUUCUUGAACGUUGUCGAGAAUUUGCGACAAGUUGUGAUAGAGCUGAAAGAGAGUGCAGGAGACUAGAAAAUGAAGCAGAAGAGAAACAAUUGAGAGCACGAGUAGCUGGUGGAGCAGCUACUGCAGGAGUAGCAGCUGCUGGUAUAGCAGCAUCAGUACUAAUUGGAGUAUUUACUGCCGGGAUUGGAACUGCUAUUGGUGUACCUCUUACAGUAGCAGCAACAGCAGCUACUACAACUGCAGCUGGAGCAACCACAAUUAUUCUUUCUCACAAGUUUGGUAAAGCAGCAGAGUCGUUUGGUAAAAUAAGUAGAAGAUUCCAGAGACUUCGGAGUAACAUAAACACCACACAAGAUAGAGUAAAUCGAAUCAUGAGUCUUCCAGGGGUUAAUUUUGAAUUUAAUGAGCAGAUCUCAGUAACAAUAUCUGCAUAUGGCGAACAUUUCGGUCUUGUUAGAGCUCUGAGGACUACUCAAGAUGAAAGUACAGCAUUGUACCAUCAGACUUCUAAUGGACUAAGCAUUACAGCAAACAGUAAAGACUCCUUGCGUGAAAAGUAUCAAAGCAUAUAUUAGUAACAUUAAAAGUAACUGUUUGAUUUUGCAACAAACUUUCUUAUUAAUAAUUAAUAUUAUUUGUAUUGUAGAUGUUUUUUAUAGCUAUAAUGAUAUGAUAGUUUACAUUUAAAAAUUCUAUUAAUUUUUAGUAAGUAUAUGACUUAUGGCACUA